UUACCCUAGAAGAUUCCAAUUAUGAUAUUUCCUACAUAUAUAUAUGCUCGUAAGAGAAAGUAUUAUACUGAAAUAUUUGGUUACUGUCUCUUGAAACAUCAAAAUAAAAUAAUUGGAACCCUAGUUAAAAGCCAUGAAUUUCUUCGAACUAAAACAAUCCUAUGAAGAGAACCCCCUUCAUCAUGUAUUCAGUAAUCUCCACUUUCUUCGGAUCCCUAACCCAAACCCAAACCCAAACCCAAACCCGUUUUCUUCCAAACUUCCAUCACAGGAAAGAACUGUCGAUCAAUUAGAUAACAUGAAAAUCGAUUCUUCUUCUUCUUCUUCAAACUUGUCGGUGAUCAAAGAGCGACUGAAAGAGGUUCCGGUUUAUAGAUUGAAAUCAAAUCGUAGGCUUUCACUUGUACGUUCUCACGUGACAGAUAGGAGGGCUGGUUUAUUCUUUUUCAGUGAAGCUGAUGCUCAGGAUUCAGCGGCGGAUUACAACACAGUAGAAUUCAACAGAAAGCGAGGUGGCCUUCAAACGCUUAAGGUUCCACUUGCCGAGAUUAUUGAACUUGAAGAAUUAGGGUUCAAUAAGGCAAUGCCAUCUAUAUGUCAUUGGUUUGUGGCAGAAUUUUUACCCAUGUAUGCUCCAGCUAUGGUUAAUAGGUUUGUGGAAGAUAAGGUUGCCGAUCCACAUGUUUAUAUUAGGUUGGUCCCGGAUAUAUCUGAAGUUAAAAAUGCCCUUCAGGAAAGAAAGAAAGCUGGUUUUCAUGGUGACACCUUUACUGGGGUUCCCGUCUUCCAGUCAGAUGCUUUAAAGGUGAGAGUCGAUGGAAGCCCAAAUAACCUUUCGCAUGCUUUCUUUCGAAAGGCGGACCUAGAAAACGCUCUACGUGGCAAAAAACAAACAGAUCACAUUGAUGAAAAAUCAGAUAUUAUUCAGGUGACUGCUCUUGAAGAUAUAAUACAAGAAAUGAAGGAUUGCUCAACGUCCAAGUGGAACAAUGUUAUCCUCGUACCUCCCGGUGGAAAAUCCUCGUAAAUUUUUAUGUACAAUUCAAUACUGGAACAACUUAGUAUAUGUUUUUCUACUAAUUUUAUCUCAAUAUUGAAUUGUUGGUGUUAUGAGUUAUUACAUGAAUUUAUUUAUCCCUCU